AUGCCCCGGCAUAACGGAACCCGCGCCGCCUACGAGUUGCUGGAGCAGUGGAUCUGCUGCGAUUGCAAGGAAAUUUACAACACAGCGACCGUGCUGCGGUGCCUGAACUGCCACCACAUCUUCGACCGCUCCCACUGCGAGGUGGAGGAGCAUUGGUUUUCUCUGGGGUUCGGGCGGUAUCAGUUCCUGUUGGACGAGUGCACCGGGAUGGUUUGGCAAGAGCCCCUCUCGGACGCAGUGUGCCCUUCGGACAGCGCCUUCGAUAGUGGCGGAGCCCACAGUCAAACUGGAAACUCCCGGGUUCUCAUGCUCGGCCUGGUGUAA